AUGGCAUUCAAAGACAUCAUCACGAAACUUCGACGGGCAGUGCUUUGCUGCAGCAAGCGUAAGAGUAAGAUAUCGCUGGACAUUGGCCACCCAACCGAUGUCCGCCGCGUAGACAUCAGCGAUGCCCUCCCCGGCCUCACUGAUGCCGAAAGAAAGUACAUCCGCGAGAAAGCUUCAAGCGACGCUAUCCACCUUCUCGGCCUCCAAUCCCACCCUCCAUCUCACCCAGCGACCUCUCCAUCCUCGCCCACUGACUCAUGCUCGCCCUCCCUGGCACCAACCUCCAUCAUGUCCUCUCGGGAGCCGUCUGUGGCGCUCCUCAACGCCGCUUCAAAGGACCUCCCAAGCUCCCUACCAACGCCUCCUCGACGCCAACACCACGAAAACUCCCCGCCAGCCGCACGUAUGAAGACUAUGUGGGACAGCACACGGAGGCUGAGCAACAGCUCAAGCUGCCACAGUGGCCUAUACGAGAAAAUAGAGGAGAUCAAAGGCCUAGACGAAGACAAAGACACAAGCGAGAGUUUUACUACGUUGAACCUCGAAUUCCACUUCGAAGAGAAGAAGGACCGCUCCUCCGAAUCGCCAAAGACGCUGUCGUUUACAGAGGGCUUCGAAGAGCAAGAUACCAUGGGUGGACACUCGCAGGUCACGACACCCUCCAAGAAGGACAAGAAGGUCAUCGAGAGAGCUAUCAAGGUUACGGACUUGAGUGACAGCAGUGAUAGUAGCGACGAGGACGUGUUUGUUUCUCGGGAGAUGAAACCUCUUGUUAAAAUCUGA